AUGGCUGGCCUUUCCCCCAUCCGUGGCCUUCGCGCAAAUACAUCCGAUGUCACUGACUGUUUUCGGGUGGGAUAUCACCGCUCAACCCAGCCUCGGCCUGUCCCCGGAAAUGACUUGCCAUCGACAGCAAGCAGCACGACGUUGGAGGUUCCUGAGCAGAUGAAGAAGAGAACGAAAAUUCCGUUUCUUGGACAUACCAGGAAGAAAUCAAACCAGUCUGGCGCUUUAAGCCCUUACGCCUCAACGGGCGCGUGCGGUUCUACGGACGUUACAGAGCUACCAAGUAGUGGAGGGCCAAUUAUCAAUCGAUGCCAUUCUAAGGCUUUGCCCCCUUUAGCCUCUAGCCCAUCUCAAACAACGGCGUCCGAGGUUGCCAUACCUGUCAAAACACCCACUCUUGGCUCCAAGUUGGCUGCCCAUUUCAGUCCUUCCCGAACACAUAAACUCACUUGGAGGCGUGACAUGACGCCUACUUCAGGUCCUUCUCAACUUGCCACCACCCGUCCCUCAUCCUCACUGUCAAGUCCUUCGGCGGCAUCAUUUGAUUCCAGAUCUUCUAUUCAUCGCUCUCCUACCCCUCAGCCAGGCCCAAAUUUUAUGGUCUGGCUAUCUCCCGACGAAGUUGAAGAAUACAAGGACCUGUUUACGUCGCCGCGAAGCCGGUUAGACCAGAAAUUACCAUCCCAUAAAUGCUCAAUGCGAAUGGCGCAGAAAUCUUCCAACACAGACGCCACACUGCCCGGUCCCAGCUCCACAUUCACAUGCGUGAAAUCUCCCAUCCAGACUUCCAUUCCAUAUCUGGGCACAGUCCCUUCCAUAAUCGUCAAUUCUACGUCUUCGCACCGCCAGUCGUUGAGGAACCUGAAACGAAGCCGACCCUCCAUCGCCCAGGUGCUGGAAAAGACACCCGCUACGGGGGAUGUCCUCGGAAAGCUCUGA